AGUGAAAGCACAGCAAUGUCCGUGAUCUGUGGCAAUAUCAAUUCCAUAUUCCAUAUGUUUGAAAAGUUUGCAGGAGGUGAAAUAUGAAACCGGCGUUUUUUCUUUAAAUAAAUAAUUUUGGAAAUUAUAGAGCUUUUUGAAAAUGGAAAAAAGUGAAGAUCUUGUUACCGCCUUUAUUAAUUUAGGACUGAGUGAGCAGAAAGCGAAAGAGACUUUAAAAAAUGAAACAGUUACCAAGCAUUUACUAUUUAUUUUAAAUGAGAUUCGUGGUGUCGCAUUAUCAAAUGGAACUGGAAUUCUACUCUACCAUUUGGCAACAAAAAUUAAGCCGCAAAUUAUUCAUCACUUUCCAUUAUUGAUAAAAUAUGUAGUAUGCAAGAAACUUGAUAAUACUUUGCGCAUUGAUAAAGCUAUUGAGUUUGCUUUAUCUCAUUUAAAUGACAUCGACACGACUGGUUUAGAGAAUUACUGUGGUGUAGGUGUAGUAGUUACACCUGAGGAGAUAGAAAAGUGUGUUGAGAAUCACAUUCAGUCAUUUAAGAAAGAGUUAAUUGAAAAAAGGUAUAGAUUUAAUGCUGGACCUUUAAUGCAGAAAGUUAGGGAAGAUUUAAAUUGGGCAGAUGGAAAAGCCAUUAAAAAUGAGAUAGAUGUGCAAAUAUUUGAUAUUUUGGGACCUAAAACGGAAGCGGAUCUUGCUCCUGCUUCUAAAACUGAGAAAAAGGCACCUAAAUUAAAUAAGAAAGAAAAUAAAGGACCAAAUAAAGAAACUGUUAAUAAAGAAAGUUCGCCAGUACAACCUUUGACAAUAUUAGAUGUCAUGAAAAAAGUAAAUUUUCAUGCACCUGGAGAGAACUACAAAACUGAUGGUUACAUAGUAACAGAAAAUACAGAAAGACUUCUUAAAGAACACUUGAGUAUUACUGGAGGACAGGUAAGAACAAGAUUUCCACCCGAACCUAAUGGAAUUUUGCAUAUUGGUCAUGCUAAAGCCAUUAAUAUUAACUUUGGAUAUGCAGCUGCGAAUAAUGGUAUUUGUUUUCUAAGAUAUGAUGACACUAAUCCUGAAAAGGAGGAGGAGAAGUUUUUUACUGGGAUCCAUGAUAUUGUUAACUGGUUAGGUUAUAAGCCUUAUAAAGUGACCCAUUCUUCAGACUAUUUUGAUCAGUUGUAUGAGUGGGCUGUAAAAUUAAUCGGGAAAGGUUUGGCUUAUGUGUGUCAUCAAACUGCGGAUGAAAUGAAAGGUUUCAAUCCUGAACCUUCACCUUGGAGAGAUAGACCAAUUGAAGAAAGUUUACAACUCUUUCAGGACAUGAAAAAUGGAAAAAUUGACGAAGGUGCUGCGACAUUACGCAUGAAAAUAACUUUGGAAGAAGGAAAAAUGGACCCUGUGGCCUAUCGUGUGCGUUUCAUACCUCACCAUCGAACAAAGGAUAAAUGGUGUAUUUAUCCUACGUAUGACUAUACACACUGUCUUUGUGAUAGCAUUGAAAAUAUCACCCAUUCUCUUUGUACCAAGGAGUUUCAAUCUCGGCGAUCAAGUUAUUACUGGUUAUGUAACGCAUUGGAUAUUUAUUGUCCUGUACAAUGGGAGUACGGAAGAUUAAACGUAAAUUAUACCGUAGUUUCUAAGAGAAAAAUCGCAAAACUUAUUUCUGAAGGAAUUGUAAAGGAUUGGGAUGAUCCGAGAUUGUUUACAUUGACCGCAUUGAGACGCCGAGGUUUUCCACCAGAGGCAGUAAACAAUUUUUGCGCCCAACUUGGCGUGACCGGAGCUCAGAGUACUGUAGAUCCUUCUAUGUUAGAAUCUUUUGUUAGAGACCAUUUAAAUAACAUUGCUCCUAGGAAAAUGGUAGUUUUGGAUCCUCUUAAGGUUAGCAUUGAAAAUUAUCCACACAAUGGGCCAACUAAUGUUUCUGUGCCAAAUUUUCCUAACAAACCCGAACUUGGAAAUCAUUCUGUAACUUUUGAUAAAGUUAUUUAUAUCGAGAGGAGCGAUUUUAUGGAGGUUGGGGACAAAAACUACAGACGACUUACGAAGACACAAAUAGUUGGUUUAAGACAUGCAGGAUAUGUUUUGGAGAUAACAGAUAUCAAGAAGAAUAAAAAUUCUCAGGUAGAAGAAGUUGUCUGUAAGUGUACGGAAGUAGAUAAGUCGGCGUCAAAACCAAAAGCUUUUAUUCAUUGGGUAUCUGAUCCUAUUAGCAUCGAAAUAAGAUUAUAUUCACCGUUAUUUAAUCAUAAAAAUCCCGAGGAUCCCAAUGAAGUGCCUGGAGGAUUUUUGACAGAUUGUAACGUAAAUUCACUAGAAGUUCUUGAAAGUUAUGCUGAUAAGUCAAUUACUAAGGCCAGUGUUUAUGAUAGGUUUCAGUUUGAAAGAAUAGGAUUCUUUUCGAUUGAUCCAGAUACAACGCAAUCAAAUAUUAUUGUCAACAGAACUGUUGGCCUUAAAGAAGAUGCAGGAAAAUAGGUAUAUUUUUUCUACUGAGGUCCUAAAGCAAUUUUUUAUAAAUAUUUUAUUAAAAGUUGUGUUGAAAUU